GCUGGGUUUAUAUUAAUGUGCUCCUUUUUAUAUGUUAUCAUUUCUAUAGUAACAGCGCAUGCACCAGGAUUUGCUCCACAUAAUCUAAGACUAGUGUAUAAUCACUGACAUGGUGAAGUUUUCAGUUAGGAGACAUUUAUUUAACAUUUAUAGAAGGAGUGUCAGUGCUUUGUAACAGUAACAGUCAGUAAGUUUCCUGACACAGGCGUUAGUUCCUGUUAUCACUGCUAUAUACAGUCGUUCCCUCACCAGCCUCUUUUUUCUUUCUCUUGAAGUUAAAGAGACAAAAUGUUACAAAGAAACUGGAAAACGUGAACCCUCUCUCCUGAAGACUCAAGUCUUGUGGACGUUCCAUAAACAGUUCAAAUGAACAGUUCCAUGAACAGUUAAAAGCAUGAUGUGAUUAAUAAAUUAAACUUUUUUUUUUUUUGCAUUCCCAGUGAUUUGAUUUGAUUUGCUGUGUUGUGUGAUGGACAGGUGUGGGGGCGGACUUUGUGAUGUUGGGUGGAAUGUUGGCAGGUCUGAAUGAUGAUCAGGGUGAGACCAUCAAGAAAAAGGACAAAAAGAACAAACUGUUCUAUGGCAUGACCUCCGAUACGGCCAUGAAGAAGCACGCAGGAGGAGUAGCAGAGUACAAGUGAGAGAAAGACUGGCAGAGGACUGAGUACAGGAGAGAAAAAUCAGGAUGUAAAGUCAUUACACCAUGUUUUAACAUGUGUAAUGUUUUCAGACAGGAUAUCAGGCAGCAUGCAGUACAGAUAUAUUCUAUUAUUCCUGUUGUCUUGGAUACCAGUUCCUGAAAAUGAUUUUCAGUUCUGACUGAGAGCAGCUUUUGUUUUAAUAGAUAUAGUGUAGAAAACAAAACAACACUCACAUAAUUGGUCACACCAGAGUGCCUCAACCAGCUGAAAUCUUGAUUGUAGUGUAGCUUUGCUACACUUACAAAGUGGGAUGAUGUUUUUCUCUGUGACUCUCCUGAUUCUCUUCAGCUUUAUGAAAUUUCAAUCAGAGGGAUUAACAGUGGUUGGUCCAGAAGCUCCUCUUGAUGCUGUAGCCGGUGAAGACCUGGUUCUGCCCUGUUUUAUCAAACCCAUCACCAGCGCUAUGGACAUGACAGUGGAGUGGAUGAGACUAGAGGAUGUGGCUUCAUUAGUGCAUCUCUAUAAGGAUCAAAAAGACAGAAAUGAAGAUCAGGCUCAGUCUUACAGAGGAAGAACAUCACUGUUUAAAGAGGAGCUACAGAAAGGCAACACUUCUCUCAAACUCUCAGCUCUCCGAGUCUCUGAUGAAGGAAAAUAUAAAUGUCUCGUUGAGGACAAAUCCUGGUAUGAUGACAUCACUGUUCACGUCACUGUCGAAGCACAGGGAAGCCACCCGGUGAUCACGAUGGAGAGUUAUGAUCACUCAGGAGGGAUUAAUCUAGUGUGUGAGUCCAGAGGCUGGAACCCUGAACCUACGGUUCUGUGGAUGAACAGAGAAGGAGACACUCUGCCUGCUGAAGAUACACAGAUACACAGAGACACUGAGGGCUUCAGUGUGAAACACCGCAUCACUGUUUAUGAUUAUAGCGACUCCAACAAGUUUUACUGCAGACUUCAACAAAAACAUCACAUGAUGGAGGCAGAGGUUAUCAUUAAUAGUAAAGUCUUUGAUGCUUGGAAGUGGGUUGUCGGCAUUUCAGUUUCAGCAUGUCUUAUUGCUGUUGGAUGGAUAGUAACUGCAGUUAUCUAUCACAAGAAAGAGCUUCAGAAGGAGAAGAGAUAUGCAGAACUGCAGAGACAGAGAGUGGAAGAUGAGUUAUUAAAGAAGAAGAAGUUUGCAGUGGAUGUGACUCUGGAUCCUGAUACAGCUCAUCCAUAUCUCAUCCUGUCUGCUGAUGGAAAACAAGUGACAGAUGGAGACACACGACAGAAUCUCCCUGAUACACCACAGAGGUUUAAUUAUUGUGUUAAUGUUCUAGGAAAGCAGAGUUUCUCCUCAGGGAGAUUUUAUUAUGAGGUGCAGGUCAGAGGGAAAACUGCGUGGGAACUCGGAGUCGCGAGAGAGAACAUUAACAGAAAGGGGCUGAUUGUACCGAGACCUCAGGAUGGAUUCUGGACUGUGCGGCUGAGGAAUGAGAAUCAGUAUAAGGCUCUUGCUGGUCCCUCUGUCCGCCUCACACUGAGAGAGAAGGUGGAGAAGGUGGGGGUGUUUGUGGAUUAUGAGGAGGGUCUGGUCUCCUUUUAUGAUGUGAAGUCCAGCUCUCAUAUCUACUCUUUCACUGGUCAGUCUUUCACUGAGAAACUCUAUCCUUACUUCAGUCCUGGUUAUAAUGCAGAAGGUAAAAAUUCAGCACCACUGAUCAUCACUCCUGUAUUUAACACUGAAUGAAUUUUCACCUCACAGAUUUAAUCAUCUUUUAAAUGGUGAGAAUUAAAAUUUAAUAUUUUACAUUUUCUUGUAAAUUUUAGAAAUACAUAUUCCGUUUUUAAAGUGUUGUACAGUUUAUUUUAAAACCUGGGGUUUUUUUUUUUUGCGUAAGAAAAUAAUGUUAAUUCUUCAGUCUGUUUUUUACACAUUAUGAUUGUGGAACUUUAUUGAUAUUUGAUUUGUAGUGAAAGAUCAUUUACAGUUCACACCGAGUUUUACUGCAGAAUUUAAUAUGAUCAAUAAAAUGUAUGAAGUUCA